GGAGUGAAGGACAGUUGCAAUAUGGGGCCCCAUCAGUCAAUGAUUAUCCCUCCGUCCAGUGUCACACUCAACCAUGAGGGGUGGAGGGGAAGGAGGAGACUGGUGGUGAAGGAGAUAGUUCCACCAGCCGUCAGUGAGUGGAGACCUCUGGUGGUGAUGGCCAACCCUCGCAGUGGCGGGAACGACGGUGUCAAAGUACUCAGUACUUUCAGAAAACUUCUCAACCCAAUCCAGGUGGUGGAUCUAUCGGAGACUCCACCUGAGGCGGGACUGGAGAUAUGUCGUCUUCUCCCACAGCACACCUGCAGACUCCUGGUCUGCGGUGGAGACGGUACUGUAGGCUGGGUCCUCAGCUCUCUGGACAAAUGCCAGAUGACUAACUCUCCAGAGGUGGCUAUUCUACCACUGGGGACGGGGAACGAUCUGGCGAGGGUCCUGGGGUGGGGUAAAGGCUACGACGAUGAAGACAUCAACGACAUCCUCAAGGACGUCAAACACGCCCAACUGAGCAUGCUGGACAGGUGGGAGGUGAAGAUUGAGUACAAGAAGUUGAAAAGAUAUCUUGGACUCAACAAAGGCACCAAGGAGCUGAUAAUGAACAACUAUUUGGGAGUCGGGUGUGACGCUGGCGUUGCUCUCAACUUCCACCGGCAGAGAGAGAGCAGACCGGAGCUGUUCCAGUCUCGCUUCAUCAACAAGGUGACAUGAGGGUGAAGACGCUAUGUCAGAGUUGGACACUGAGGGAUGACAAAUGGGCUGUAGUCCCUACCUACAAUUACACAGUAGUUGCAGAUUUAGCAAUUUUUCACUAGCGCUAUUCCUACAGUGUAACAAAAAUGGUAUUUUUCACCUUAUCUAUUGCUAACCCACAAUGGCUUACUUGUAGCAAGUUGUAAUGUAUAUACUUCACUCCACCCUGUCUUACAGGCUUGGUACUUGGGAUUCGGAGCCAAAGAUGUCCUCCAGCAGUCCUGCAAGAACCUACCUCAGAAGAUAGAGGUUUUCCUGGACGACGUACCUCAGCAGCUUCCCGGACUAGAGGGCGUGGUUGUUCUCAACAUCAACAGCUGGUCCGCCGGCUGUAGCAUGUGGAAUCAGUCUGCCUCCCCCUCCAGGAUGGACGACCAGUUGCUGGAGGUGGUGGGACUCUACUCCUCGUUGCACGUGGGAAAGAUUCAGGUGUCCCUGGGGGAGCCUCUCAGAAUGGGGCAGGCCAAGCAGGUCAAGAUAGUGAUACAUGAGAGUGUGCCGGUGCAAGUGGACGGAGAGCCUUGGCUCCAGGUCCCCGCCACCAUCACCGUCACUCACCAUCAGCCAGGCACGCAUGCUACGGAAAAUCAGAUCCUCUCCCAACCUAUAGAAAUCACCCACACCAUAACUUGCACAAUAGAGAUUUAACGAUUUUUUAAAUUGGAGUGCAGCAAUUUUCUGGUUUUACAUGUUUUAUUGCUGUAACUGUGUCCACCUUAGAUUAAUCAAUUGAUGAUUUGUCGGA